AUGGCGAGCGUCAAGGCGGAGUUCGUGGUGGGCGGGAAAUACAAACUGCUGCGGAAGAUCGGAGCGGGCUCGUUCGGCGACAUCUACCUGGCCGUGAGCAUCAGCAACGGCGAGGAGGUGGCGGCCAAGCUGGAGUCGCAGAAGGCGCGGCACCCGCAGCUGCAGUACGAGAGCAAGCUCUACAAGAUCCUGCAGGGCGGCGUGGGCAUCCCUCACCUGCGCUGGUACGGCCAGGAGAAGGACUACAACGUGCUGGUCAUGGACCUGCUGGGCCCCAGCCUGGAAGACCUGUUCAACAUCUGCUCCCGGAGGUUCACCAUGAAGACCGUGCUCAUGCUGGCCGACCAGAUGAUCAGCAGGAUCGAGUACGUGCACACCAGGAGCUUCAUCCACCGGGACAUCAAGCCCGACAACUUCCUGAUGGGCAUCGGCCGCCACUGCAACAAGCUCUUCCUCAUCGACUUCGGCCUGGCCAAGAAGUACAGAGACAACAGGACCAGGCAACACAUACCUUACAGGGAGGACAAAAACCUGACUGGCACUGCCCGCUAUGCCAGCAUCAACGCCCACCUGGGCAUCGAGCAGAGCCGCAGGGACGACAUGGAGUCCCUGGGCUACGUCCUGAUGUACUUCAACAGGACCAGCCUGCCUUGGCAGGGCCUGAAGGCCGCCACCAAGAAACAGAAAUACGAGAAGAUCAGCGAGAAGAAGAUGUCCACGCCUGUGGAAGUCCUGUGCAAAGGGUUCCCCACGGAGUUCGCUAUGUACUUAAACUACUGCCGUGGGCUGCGCUUCGAGGAGGCUCCCGAUUACAUGUACCUGAGACAGCUGUUUCGCAUCCUUUUCAGGACCUUGAACCACCAAUAUGACUACACCUUUGACUGGACAAUGUUAAAGCAGAAAGCCGCCCAGCAGGCAGCCUCUUCCAGUGGCCAGCAGGGGCAGCAGCAAGUCCAAAGCCCUCCGGCCAAGCCAAAUGACAAAACCAAGAAUAACAACAAUGCCAAAGGUUUCUAA